AUGGUAGAAAGUAAACUAGAUCCUGGAGUCUACAAAAAGCAUGUUGAAGAUACAACAAAAUCAAACUUGACUGGAUUUGCAUUUGUUGUUAUUGGCAUUGUUCAUCUUGCUGGAGGCAAAAUUUGUGAAGGUACUGUAAUAAAUUUUGUACUUUAUAAAAAUUUAUAUGUGUCUGAUCCAGCGAGCUUUUUGGAAGGAACAUCUAGUACAAUAACAUCCCAAGAGGUUGUCUAUGAACGUGUACGAAACGAGAUGCGUGACGAAAUGGAUGCUAAAGCUGCAGAAAUGGAAGCUAAACAUCAACAAAUGCAUGUAUGCAGCCUUGCAAAAUAUGAUGGGAAAUUGAAAAUUAGAGGAAUGAGAACCGAAGAUGAUUGGAUGGACAUGAAAUGA